AUGGUUGACAGUACAUCUGGGGCAUUGAUGGCCUCGUCGAGAAGAGAAGAGGUGAAGGAGACAUCAGCCUUAAUACGGUGAGAAUGAAGAGUAGGUAGGUUAAGGAUAGAACGGAUAAUUGAAUAAUUUUAUUCGGUAUGAUACAUUUUUAGCCGGUAGACAGCGAUUGACAGAAACUUAAUUUGCAUGCGCUCAAUGCGAAGCUGGUUGCUUGCGAAGUGGGGAUGCUAAACUACUAAGUCAUAUUCAAAUGUUGGCCAAAUAAGUGAUGAGUAAAGUGCACGGAGACAGGUAAGAAGAAAAGUCUAAGGUGUUUCACUUGAAAAAACUCAGAACUCCUAGAGCUCGGUAAAUGAUAAAAUUAAUAUGGUGCUCAAAUGACAAAUUGGGUGUGAAAUAGAUAUCUAAAUCUUUUACAAGAGUGACGCGCUUAAAUAAGGAGCUGUUAAGAGAAUAGUGGUAGGAGAUGGGUGAAAAGCCUCUGGUGAAUGACAUAAUGUGGCACUUUUUUCCGAUUUUAAGACAAUAGUUGACCCUGUUAACGUAAGUACAGAAAGAAUCAAGGUCGGAUUGAAGACGAAGGCGGAGAAUUAACUCUGAUAAAUAACUUAAUGUCAUCGACAAAUAUAAGGGCCUUGGCAGUAGUUAGGUUGUCAUUGAGGGAGUUUAAGAACAAAAUGAAAAGAAGUGGACUGAAAUUAAAACCCUGCGGGACACCAGAGGAAAUGAAAGACAGAGCGAAUGAAAUACUAUUAACGGAGACGAAUUGUUUUCUACCAUUAAGAUAUGAUGAAAUCCAGGAAAGGAGAGAAUUGUCAAGAACUUUAAUGAAAAGUCUAUGA